CUCUAUGUAGAGGUUUCAGAUGGUUCGGGGUACAGCGCUAUUGAUAGAAUGUUGUUUGUGAGUGAAAAAAUUAAACAAAUACACACAAGAACAUGGAAUCAAUGAUGACCAACAAAGUGAAGUCUUCAAAUGAACAUUUGUUUCGUGUACAGGAGAGUGCAGCCGUAAACGGCAAGCAAGGUUUGCAGACAGCAAAUGAAAAGAAGGGAAACAACUCUUCUCGUACUGAACCAAGAAGGUCCUCCCGUCUAGAAAUCGCAGGAGUUAAAAAUGUGGAAUGUGAAUUGAAAAAACUGUCAUUUGAAAACCCUGGAAAGUUCAUGGAAGACUUUCACCCUGAAAGUAGUGGGAGAGAGAUGAGGAAGAUGAACAGGAAAUUCUACAAAGAAAAUGUGAGGAAAAACCAGCUGUAUGAUGAAGCUGGGAUUUUACUAGAAAACAACAAGGAUUUGUGCGACUGUUUGGACGUCCACUGCCCUGGGUGUCACUUCCCAUGUCCCAAGUGUGGAUCAGAGAAAUGUGGAACUGACUGUCGUUGUAACAGAAAAUGGACAUAUGAACAUAUCAAUGUAGAAGGCACUAAUGUUUUGUUUAAAUGGCCAACAUAACUUCAUUGCACUGUUCAGAAACAUCUGCUUGAGCAGAGUUAGAUGGUUAGUCUUAGACUUCUGGAGAUUGUGAGGACUAGUUGUCACCCCUUGAACCUAAUUCCAUUAACCACCGGUCUUACAUUUGUUAUUCUGUAUUAGUUUGAAAAUGCUUACACUAGCCUUAGUGUCUGUCCCAACUUAACAGUUUCUGUGAGUAAGGAGUACUAUGUUUGUUCUCAAGACUGAGGUGGGUGGUGGGUUGCCUAGUGGUUAAAGUGUUCACUCAUCACGCCACAGACCCGAGUUUGAAUCCCCACAUGGGUACAAUGUGGGAAGCCCAUUUUUGGUAUCCCCAGCUGUGAUAUAAUGCUGAAAUAUUGCUAAAAACAGCAUAAAACUAUAGUCAUUCAUUCAAAAUUGAGGUGGGUAUCCUGGAGAAAUGCAAGUAUAUUGCUGAACAUAGAGAUUUUUCUGGGUUACAUCUUCUUUUUAUUCUUGAGUACAACGUUUCAGGGCUUGUUCUGGCCCCAUCAUCAGGUAACUGAUAUUUUUCUGGGUUACAUCU